UACUGGGUUUGGAUGUAAUGACGGUUAACAUUAAGCUAGCUGAUACAUCUCCUAACAUUGACUAGCCAGCUAACUGCACUAACAUUUCCGUUGAAAAAAAAACGUUUUAACUUUUUUAAUGUUAACUUAGUUUCCGCUUCUUUGUAAAGAAUUUCCUUAUGGCCAUUGUGUCCAGGGAGGGAGCAAAUAUUGCAAACAACUGAUCGUCAACCAAGAACACCGUACAUAACAAAAGAAUAAGGUUUUAGCAAAGUUGGAUAUUGUGAGAUGGCAAUGGGGCUGACGUUACCUCCUCCAGUAUCGAGCAGCCUGCACCUUUACCGUCUGUGACCUGCACUGACGAUUCACUUCACUUGCGUGUGGUGAGUUGCUUGCUCCGAAGACAGCCGGAGGGCGGACAUGCGCACUGGACGCCGCACUUGGCGCCGGCGCCAGCUGACAGCCGCUGCGCUUCGCGAGGAACUGUCAGGGUGUGAAGGAGAAUGUCCAGACGCAGCACACGUUUAUUAGCUAAAGGUAGGAAUGAAGCCAUUCAGAAGGUCACAAGGACAAGAAAAAGACCGUUGCAGGUCGACAGACUGCAGACAGGACCUCCUCCGGCUAAAACCAAAUUAUGCAAGACAAAGGGUCCGUGCUCCACUGUAAGUGCCCUCCUCCCUGUUCUGACGGAAACUCCACAUAAGGAGCUGGAGGUGGCCAGGUACCUGUCCGGGGUCAGGAAUCUGAGCACAUCCCCGCUGCCUUGCCUCAGCUGGGCCAGCUCAGAAGAUGUGUGGAUUAAGAUGCUCAAUAAGGAUGUCAAGUACAUCCAUGACAAGAGCUUCGCACAGCGACAUCCAGGCCUGCAUCCACGCAUGAGGUCCAUACUGUUAGACUGGCUUAUGGAAGUCAGUGAGGAACACACCCUACAGCGUGAAACUUUCUACCUCGCGCAAGACCUUUUCGACCGGUUCCUGCUGAGACAAGAGGCGGUCGACAAAAGCAGGUUGCAGCUCAUUGGGGUCACAGCUCUGUUCAUCGCUUCCAAGUUAGAGGAAAUCUACCCUCCCAGGCUUGAGGAGCUGGCUUACUUCACAGAUGGGACCUGCUUUGAAAAGGAGAUCCAACAAAUGGAACUGAUUCUUUUAAAGGCUUUGAAUUGGGAGAUCCGACCUGAGACUGUCAUCUCAUGGCUGAAGCUUUACAUUCAAGUUUCAACUCUGAAGGACGACCGUAGGUUCUUAGUGCCCCAGUUCUCCCCAGAUACUUACGUACGGAUCGCACAGCUCCUGGACUUAUGUAUUCUUGACAUAAACUCCUUGGGCUACCAGUAUGGCGUCCUGGCUGCUGCAGCCCUCAGCCAUUUCACUUCCUUCGAAGUUGCCCAGAAUGCAUCAGGCCUGAGGCCAGACAUCCUGGCCGACUGCGUGAGCUGGAUGCUGCCGUUUAUGAGGGCAGUCAGUGAGUCCUGUGGCUCACGGCUGAAGGGCUUCCUGACCAGGUCUCAGGAGGAUGGAUACAACAUCCAGACCCACAUGGAUUACCUGGCUAUGCUGAGAGAUGUGCAGAACAUGCAGCUGGAGACUGUUAGCAGGUUAUCCCCUGGGGCUGAGAGCGCGACCCUAACGCCACCCAAGAGCGCUGAGAAAGCAUCUCCGCACUGAUCCUGAGGUCUCAUCGGGGGGACCUGGAAGUGUCUCUAACACCCCAUCAAAUGUUUAGAAGCUUGGAAGGCUGGUCGAACCUAUUAAAGCGUUUUACACCUCUGUAGAUUAGUAAUGAAGCAUUAAAGGUAUUUUAUUGAAUACUGCCAGCAAACAUGUACAAAAUCCUUAUUUUUAAUGCUUGAACUGGUCAGAGGCCAAUUUUGAAAGCUAUAAGUUUUCAUAUGUCGGAUAGCUAAUACUCAAUGUCUCAUUCACAGUAAUAUUUAUGUAAACUAAAUACGCAAUGUGAUGCCUGGCAUUCCUGUGUUCAGAAGAACCUACCUUUCUUGCAGCUAAACUUGGGGAACGGGUUGAUUUUUCCCCAAUGUCUUGUUUUUAGCGUAUUGUACAUAAAGUCUACGUGUGCUGCAAGUCUUAAUAUUAAAAUUUGAUUUGACUUAAAA